AAAAAAACGUCUUGUAAUAUGCAGAAAUCUACAAAUGUUGAUACUUCUAUGGAAACACUGAGCUCUUCCCACCAAGGCACGGGAGCUGUGCAAAUGAGAAUCAAAAAUGCCAACAGCCACCACGACAGGCUGAGCCAAAGUAAAUCCAUGAUCCUCACUGAUGCUGGGAAGGUCACUGAACCUAUAUCCCGACACAGGCGGAAUCAUUCACAGCAUGUCUUGAAAGAUGUCAUUCCUCCACUGGAACAAUUGAUGGUUGAGAAGGAAGGUUAUCUUCAAAAAGCUAAAAUCGCAGAUGGAGGGAAGAAAUUAAGGAAAAAUUGGUCUACUUCCUGGGUCGUGUUGUCCAGUCGAAAAAUUGAAUUUUACAAAGAAUCCAAACAACAGGCUCUGUCCAACAUGAAGACAGCGCAAAAAUCAGAAAGUGUGGAUUUAUGUGGAGCCCAUAUUGAAUGGACCAAAGAUAAGUCAAGCAGAAAGAAUGUCUUUCAGAUCACCACAUUAUCAGGAAAUGAGUUCCUGCUACAGUCAGAUAUUGACUUCAUCAUAUUGGAUUGGUUCCAUGCUAUCAAAAAUGCAAUUGACAGAUUGCCGAAGGAUCCAAGUUGUCCAUCAAGAAACCUGGAAUUAUUCAAAAUCCAGAGAUCCUGCAGUACUGAAUUGCUAAGUCACCAUGACAGUGAUAUGAAAGAACAGAAACCAGAGCACAGAAAAUCCUUAAUGUUUCGACUGCAUCACAGUGCAUCUGAUACAAGUGACAGAAACCGAGUUAAAAGCAGAUUAAAAAAGUUUAUUACUCGGAGACCUUCCCUGAAAACUCUGCAAGAAAAAGGACUCAUUAAAGAUCAAAUUUUUGGUUCUCAUCUGCACACAGUGUGUGAACGUGAAAAUUCCACAGUUCCACGGUUUGUAAAGCAAUGCAUCGAAGCUGUUGAAAAAAGAGGUCUAGAUGUUGAUGGAAUUUAUCGAGUUAGCGGCAAUCUGGCAACAAUACAGAAGUUACGAUUUAUUGUCAACCAGGAAGAGAAGCUGAAUUUGGACGACAGCCAGUGGGAGGACAUCCACGUUGUCACCGGAGCACUGAAGAUGUUUUUCCGGGAGCUGCCGGAGCCGCUCUUCCCCUACAGUUUCUUUGAGCGGUUUGUGGAAGCAAUCAAAAAGCAAGACCACAACACGAGAAUUGAAGCUAUAAAAUCUCUUGUUCAAAAACUCCCUGCACCAAACCGUGACACCAUGAAAGUUCUCUUCAAACAUCUAACUAAAUCUAUAAUCUUCAAAAGCAUCAGCUUCUUCAUUUCCAAUCUGAUGGGAUUUAGCCUGAUUCAAACCCCAGCUGUGGCUUGUUCCUGCCUGCUAAGGGCAUUUAAUCAGAGAAUGUGUUUCCUCUCUGGGGAAAGGCCAUGGCAAGGUGCUGAGCCAAAGUGCCCAUCAUACGGCCUGACUUGCACAUACUCAAAGCAUAAGGAGAGUAACACCAACUGGACAUUAAAUGGUAUAACAUCCAAAAGCAGAAGUGAUUAUCCUGUCAUUGCUCCAAGUUUUAAAGCUGAGAUUGUCACAUAUACUGGCUUGACUCACUACAAAGUUAGAUUUAUAAGUUGAUCAAUAUUCUCCAUCCAGAAGUCAUAAUGUAACAGUAAGAAUUUCUUAAACACCUACUCUUAACCUGACUUCAUUCUACGCAUUAGUGAUAUGAAUCCUCCCUUUGAUAGUUUCAGAGCCAACAAGAAAGACAAUCAGCUGAGGAUUAAUUACUGUGUGGUACAAAAUCAAAACCCUUGACCAUUUUGGUAAUUGUGUGACUCCAGGACUGAUCACCUAUAUACAGAGAUGUAUUUUUAAUGAACAGAUAAGCAGAAACUAUUACAGAGGUAUUAACAAAGUUCACUGUUCAAUAAAAGAUCAAAUAAAUUGUAACAGGAUGAAUGAAGAGAGGCUCCCCUGGGGAGCAACCUUAUCAAGGUGAUCUUGACCAGUGGACAAGAUUUACCAAAGAAAACAGCAGAAGCUGGACAAGAAAGUCAACAUGCAUGCAUAUUGUGAAAGAUCAGACACUUUCAAAGGAAAGUGAAAAGUUGGUAGUUAGAAGACGCCUGAAAUUUAGGAAUACAUACGAGAAGAUGCUGAGUUAGAACAAAUGCUAUGAUCAAAUAUUCUUUCUCCUGUAGAUAAUAGGGAUCAAGUAGAAGUAGCACAAUAAGAAAGCCAGAGAGAUAACUUAUUUCUUAUGAAAGGAAUGUCUAAAUUCAC